AUGUCUUUGAAUCAAUUUUAUCAUGAUCUAAAGUUUAAAUUUGAUAUUCAUAGGAUAGAAUCAAGAUUAAAACAUUAUAGUCUCAAUGAUAAUCCAAGAAUUAUAAAAGAAAAACAACAAGAUCAAUCAUUGAUUAGUUUACGAACAUAUCCAAAAGAAAAAUAUAAAGAUCUGUCAAACUUUCUUAAAAAUUCAUCUACUUUACAACAAGAUUAUUUAUUAUUGGAAGAAGUAACUAGAACAAUAAGGGAUCAAGAAAUUAUAAGAGACCAAACUAGAGAUUUAAAUGAAGAAAAUUUAUUUUCAACUUUUCAAAUUGAUUUAAAUGUAGAAAUAAGCAAUGAUGAGAAUGUAAAUGAUCAAGAUGAAGAAGAUGAAAAGCCAAAGAAUAAAUUAUAUGAUUUUUUUGUUUCCAAUAUGAAUAAAUUAAAAGGUGGUACCACGGAAAAAGAAACUACACCAUUAGUUGAAGAAAAAGUACAAGAACCACCUGUUAAAGAACCUCCACAAAUUUGGAAAAUGGUAUUAAAUGAUGUUUCUUUAUCUGCUGCUAGAUUAUCAACUGGUUCAAGUUCAAUUCCAAUCAUCAAUAAUACAAAUAUUCGUGGUGAUUUUACAAGAAAUAAUACACCAACAAGUAACGAAAUAAAUAAUGAAAAUGAUGAUAUAUUUGCAAUUAAUUUACAACAAGCAAAGAAUAAGUAUUAUAAAUAG